UCGAAAGCUUUGAAAUUUCACUUCAGUUGCAUUAAGAUGGACGGCGGCGGAGCGUACGGUGGAGGAAAGGCAGGAGCGCCUUUUGAUCCUAUCGCAUUCAUUCAAAGGCCUCUAGUUAUUUUAAGGGCAGCAUGCUUGCUCUUUGCUAUAAUAGUAUUUGGGUGCAUAAGCAGCAAGGGAUACAUUACAAAAAAAGACAAAGAGGUGUGCCUCUACAAUGACGACAAUAAUGCCUGUAAUUAUGGCAUUGGAAUAGGUGUUUUAGCAUUUUUAGCUAGUAUUGGUUUCCUUGCUGGAGAAUAUCUGUUUGAACAAAUGUCCUCUGUUAAAACUCGAAAACAUUUUGUCCUUUUAGAUCUUGGUUUUUCGGGUUUCUGGGCAUUUUUAUAUUUUGUCGGCUUCUGUUACCUUACAAACGCUUGGAAUCAAUCUACAUCGCCAUCAAAUGGGUACGGUGUUAAUAAUGUACAAGGAGCUAUUGCAUUUUCAUUUUUUUCAAUUUUUACUUGGGCUGGCUGUGCCUGGUUUGCAUUUCAAAGAUUAAGACAAGGUAUACAAGAUGCAGCCUUUGCUCCAAGUUACGAAGCAGAUCCUGUAGGUGGAACAGGAUAUACAAGUUAUCCUGACGCUACGGAUGCUGCUUAUCAAGAACCACCAUUUGGUCAACAGCAGCGGGGAAUGGGGGAUUUUCAAGCUCCUGCUUAUUAAAUGUCAUCCAUAGUCAUUAUCGAAAUAUAUUUUCACAAGAUGCACAGCGAACUACCAACGAAGAAAAAUGGAUCAGAUUAAUCCAUCCUGAAAACAUACUGCUCUCUCUAGUUUGUUUUUCUCUGAGAAGAGAAGAACUUUAUUUGCUGAUAGAUCGCUGGGCAGCAUUAAUUGUAGAGUAAGUUUUCAUGGCAGAUGUAGAGGAAGCGUUAUUUGUUAAACUGUGCUUCUUAUUGUUGACCACUUGUAAGUUACACCUAUUCAUGCGCCCAAUGACACAAAGAAACAUUAGGUACAUCCAAAGUAUGCCAUCGAGUUUCUAGGCACGAAUUAUGAUGAACAUUCAUCAAUAACAGAAUUAAAUAUUAAAUCUUGUAAUGAAUAAAUAUAGUAAUUCCAUAAUGUCUAAGAAGUAGCACAUGCACAGGUUAUGUAUAUUUUAACAUUGUGACGUGUUCAUAGUAAACCCGGAUAUUAUUAAUGUGCAUUGUGAGACUUUAAUAAUGUGUAGGUGUGAUCUGAUGUUGGAAAGAAAGCUCAUGGUUUAUUAAAAUCAUAGAGAAAAAAGAAUAUAUACUGUACAGUAACUUAUUGUUUUUUUCAGUAUAUUUAUUUGCUAGUCAUUUGCAAUCUCUUAGUAUUACUUUUAUAAUAUUUAUGCAGUAUUUUUGUUGGCGAUUGUUCUUUAUCACCAGUUUACAAAUAUGAAGGUACUAAAUGUAUGAUAACUUAAAAACUGGUGUUCUGGAUUGCAAGUUUGAAAAGAAAAAAGUUUUUCUUUCAUAAAUUUCAAGAUUCAUAUUUAAUAUGAUUUUUUCUCAUAUUGUAUUUCAGUUAUAGAAGCUUUAAUAAAUAGUAUAUGCUUAUGAUAUAAUUACUCUAAUUUUUAUUUAAAAAUAUUUGAUUAUAACUAAUUAUAUUAUGUACUAAAUGUAAUUCUCCAAGAUAUUCCAACAUGUUUUCUAUUGAAAUUAAUUAUUUUAUUGAUUUUAUGGAAAAUAGCAAUUAUGAUUAUUGUCUCACCUAUUUUCUAGAACAAAAAACUAUUUAUUUAAAAGCCAAGAAUUUAUAUUUUAAAUGCAUUUUAAGAGUUCAUUUAAGAUUGCCAUAUUUAAUUCCUUUGAAUAGUGCAAUCUUAUCUAAAACAUUUUCAUUUAACAAAAAAUAAAUAUUAAAAUAUUCGAAAGUGUGUGUGUAUUUACAUAUGAAAGUUAAAUCUUAAUUACUUUUUGUAGAAAUGUUCACCUAUAUAAAUGUGAGUAGAAAUUCUAUAUCAAGUUGAAAACAUGUUACAGAGAACUACAGAUAAAUUAUUAACACAUAAAUGUAUUACCAUGCUCUCUUUCUUACUCUCCACACAGAGUCAUAAUAAAUAAAAAAGUAUUUCAUUAACAACAGUUCAGAUUAAAAAAAAAAUCUCGACAGAUUGUAGUGAGUAUUAUUGAAAUGUCUAUUAAAAAAAUGUAAAGGUAUAAAAAUGUCUGUGAAGAUAGUAUCAAUAACUAAAUAAUUAUUGUAUUCUACUUAAAUAUAAUGUAGUUACCUUGCAUUCGAGGCAAUACUUAAGACGAUGCGUCUGUGAAGAUCUCAGUGUUUAGAGACAACUGCUAUCUAAUCUAUGAUUUACUAUACAUAAAAAGUGGUUAGUAAUUAUUUUAUGUGAAUUAAAUGAUUUUGUUAAUGCUGGUGAUAGAUAUUUAUAAUCGAAUCGCUUCAUUGUGUUGUACAAAAGUUUCUUAGACUUAAGCACAAGAUCUACAUUUUCUUUUUAAGUAAUAUAAAAUGUGAAUAUACUUCACUAUUCUAUCUCAAUAAGCAAGAAGGGAACAACCGAAAAUAUUGAUUUCCUUUUUGUUGAAACAUAUCCGUUAUAUAUUUAUGAUGAUUAUAUUGAUUAUUAAGUAGUUUAAUAUUAAUUGUAUAUUCCAUAUGAUUAUUUUGAAAUUAUACUUUAGUAUUUUUUAGAAUUAUUCAUUUAAGAAUUGCAAAAUAUUAUUUUCCUGUCAAUUUUGGGUAUUUAGACGUGCAAAGUUUUCCUGCAAGGUGUAUAGACUAUAAGUUAAUAGAUCUGUUUUAAUAAUUCGGGCUAUAUGUAACAAUUAUGGUUAAACAAUGUACUGUUUUGUAUUGUGCUACAUAUUGAAAGAAUAUUGAUAGCUAUAUACAAACCAUGUCAUUAUAAUUAGUAAUAAAUGUAAAUUACACUCAA